CUGCUUCAACUUCACAGUUUUUCCACCCCAUUUCUCCCCCCUCCUCAAAACUCUCAUCUUCUCCUCUCUUCCACUUGUCCCUUCACCUAAAAACCUGGCUAGCUCAUACAUAAAACACCUAUUGACCUGUAUAUAUAUAUAUUCCAUGCAUACAAAUAUAUAAAUUAAUUUCACAGCCUUCUCUCCCUGCCCUUUACUCAAGAUCUGAGAUUUUGUAUGCAGAAGGUGAUGACUGAUAAUGAUGAUCGUCAGGUUCAGGCCAGGCUCGCAUGAUUCUUGAGCUCUCAUUCAACGGACGCACAGUUCUCUCGAAGCUGAAGAAGAAGAAGAAGAAGAAGACAACCACCAACAGUAAUAACCCCAAGAAGGGUUCCAUUUUGUUAAGUUUUGAUAGGAGGAAGGAAGCUUGGAAGUCUUCUAGAUUUUAGGGUCUUCUCUGGAGUCGUAGUUGUAGAUCGAUCGAGACGGAUCGGGACAGCAUUUAUCGGCUUCCGGAUUUCUCGGUCUGUCGAGGCGAUACGGAAGGGGAGAGGGGGAGAGUAGAGGAAUAGAAAGCUGGCAAAUAAGUGGUGGGAGAGGGUGGAUGCGGCGGCGAUGGCAGGGUAUGAUCCCGAUCCCGAUGCCGGCUCUCGUUACGUCCAGCAGCUGUUCCGACAGCCGCAUCCCCACUUGCAAAUCGGGCCUAAUUCCAUCCCGCAGCCGCCCUUGCAGCUGGUUCCCCAGCAUCAGCAGCAGCAGCAGCAGCAGCAAUCGUCUGGUUCGCCGGAGGAAGACUCCUCUGAGAGGGAUCAUGAUAAGGGUGGCGGUGACUCGGGUGGAACCGUCACUGGUGGUGCCGCCGCCACGAGCUCCGGUGCAAACACCCGCCGGCCACGGGGUCGCCCUCCUGGAUCGAAGAACAAGCCGAAGCCCCCAAUAAUUGUGACCCGGGACAGCCCCAACGCACUCCGGUCCCAUGUCCUUGAGGUCUCGGCAGGGUCCGAUAUAGUCGAGAGUGUCUCUAGCUACGCCCGGAAGAGAGGGAAAGGUAUUUGUGUCCUCAGUGGCAGCGGCACAGUAGGCAACGUAACUCUCCGGCAGCCCGCAUCACCGGCUGGGAGCGUGGUGACCCUCCACGGUCGAUUCGAGAUACUCUCCCUCACCGGGACGGUGCUCCCACCCCCCGCCCCACCUGGCUCUGGCGGGCUGUCGAUAUUCCUCUCAGGUGGCCAAGGCCAGGUGGUCGGAGGGAGUGUGGCUGGACCGCUCGUUGCCUCAGGCCCUGUAGUUCUAAUGGCGGCAUCUUUCUCUAAUGCGGUCUUCGAGAGACUGCCCUUGGCGGAUGAUCAAGAUCAAGAGGGACCGGCCGGCGGAGCUCAAGUACAACAAAGCACGGCUUCUCAGUCUUCGGGAGUGACUGGAGGUGGGAACGGUGGGCAAAUUGGGGGAGGAGGAGGCGGCAGUGGAGGCGGAGGUGGUGGCAGUUUCUUCAAUGUCGGAGGCAAUAUGGGGGGCUACCAAUUAUCCGGUGAGUUGUUCGGAUGGGGCGCCACGGGCAGCGGCGUAGGUGGAAGUGGAUCUGCUUGAAUUAAACAAGAGAAUCCGGUAAUGAGUGACGAUCCCGUCAUCUUACUCUCUUGAAGAAAUGAAUAUUUGUGGGAGCAUACAUAACCAUAUAGUCGAUCGCGCUCUAUAAGCUCUCAUAACUUUUCUUUUGGUAGCUCGUGCGGAAUCUCCGGAGAUGUUAGAUACACAGUCAUGCAGUGAUCAAAGCACAUAAUCCAAAUAUGUUAGAUUUUGCAAACUCGAUCAGGCGAUCGAGUUUUUGGAUGACCGUUUUGGUGAAGAUUAGCCCAAAUUUGAGGUGGGAAAAUUACAAACCAUAUGCAAUGGUAGGUUGAAGAUCAAUGUACAGAGAAUGUAUGUUCCUUCAAUUUCUUGGUCAUCUCUCAUCCUUGUUGAACCGGUUUAGUAGAUUCUGCUGCAGCUGUAGAUGUAAUUAUAUGUGGAAGAACAUAGCCGUAUAAAUAUAUAUAUAUAUAUAUGAUGAUUUUCAAGGAUA